AGAAUGUCGCCAGCAGCAGCUCUCAGUUGUAGAAAUGGCAGCGCUGAGACAGGAGCAUCGGUAUGGGCUCUCCUGUGCUAAAAUCAACAAAAACACCCCGAAUCAAACUCUGUACCACGUCAAGCUCACUGACACCGCCAUCCGGACCCUCGAAGCCUACCAGAACUUGAAGGCAUCACUAUCAAAUCAGCCAGCAAUUUGCUUCAAGGGGAGCCAAGGGUACAUAAAGAUCCCCGCACCGACCCCCGAGUCUCCAGAUGGAUUCAGAGUCUUCUCAUUUUACCUAUCCAGUGACAGCAAAGACAAGCCUCAGUCCAGCUUUGACUGCAUUCAUCAGUAUGUCUCAGGGGAGGGCAGGGACCACCUGGAGGGCCAGGGGAGCAUUCAGGACAAGAUCACAGUCUGCGCCACAGACGACUCUUAUCAGACGACCCGAGAGCGCAUGUCUCAGGUGGAGAAGGACAUCUGGAGCCGUUCAGCAAUUGAGAUCAAGCCGGGCCCAAGCAAGUGUGUGAAGGUCCAGCGGAAGCAAGGUCUGGUGUCAAGCUCAGAUAGCAACAACAAGCACUCCCCCAACAACAAGAGGAGCCUGGUUCCCAGCCCUGUGGCACACCGGCCUUUGAGGGAUCGCAUCAUUCAUCUGUUGGCCUUAAAGCCCUACAGGAAACCUGAGCUGCUGCUGUGGCUGGAUAGGGAGCGGGCAACUCCAAAGGACAAGGCUGACCUGACCUCAGUACUGGAAGAGGUUGCUAAACUGAGCCCUAAAGACCACAGCUACUCUCUGAAGGAUGAGCUCUACAGACACGUCCAGAGAGACUGGCCUGGAUAUCUAGAAGAGGAGAAGCAGCUCAUCCACCGACUCUUGAUCAGGAAGCUUCAGCCACUCCACAGCAGCCAGCUGAAGAGUCCCCAGUCCAACCAUUCAUUCCACAAAACUCCCGGGGAUUCUCCUUCACAGCUCAGUCCUGCCAAAACUCUCUCUGUGAAACGCCCAUCAGCUUUGGACCCAUCCAACAUUCAAACCCCCAAAAGACAAAGGCUAUUAGACAAGUGCCAGCCUCUGCAGUCGCCCUCCCAUGCUGACUUUGGCACCAGUGGGGCUCGUAGCUCCUCUAGUCAUGGAAACUCUAGCGGACACAUUAAAACGGAGUUUGACAAAACCAACAAUCAUCUUCAGGGGAGCCCAAACGGUCUGUACUCGCCACACAAACUCAGCGGGUCAUCCACGGUUCCCAAAGCGGAGAGGACUGAAGCAGCUCUGACUGCACCCACCGCCAAGCCUCCGCAUACUGAAACCUCCAUGUGCAAUGACCAGCAGUUCACCAAUAGCCAACAUAAAAAGAAAAGAUCCAAAAAACACAAAGACAAAGAAAGAGAACGCCUGAAAGCAGACUGGAUAGAAACUAGCCCAGACCUGAAGCAGAAUCAAGAAAAUCUCCAAGGCCAUGAGGGAGAGAAAACACCUGUUAGCUGUGGCACAGCAGAGGAUCUGCCUGAUUAUUUAACAAAAUACAGCACCAUAACUGCGCUGGAGCAACGUCAGAAGUAUAAUGAGGACUUCUGCGCCGAGUACGAUGAAUACAGAGCUCUUCAUGACCGGAUUGGGGCUAUAACAGAGAUGUUUGUUCAGUUGGGCUCAAAGAUCAACACUCUCUCUCCAGGAACACAAGAGUACAAGCUUAUGGAGGAACAAAUACUACAGAAGUAUCGCAAGUACAAAAAAAAGUUUCCUGGCUAUCGGGAAGAGAAAAAGCGAUGCGAGUACCUCCAUAAGAAACUGUCGCAUAUCAAAGGCCUGAUCACAGAAUAUGACAGAGCGCAGGGACUCUCGUAGUGAUCGGCCUCGGCCCUUCGGCAGGGUGUAAUACGACUGGACCAAAAGACUCGUAACGGACCCAAAGACUGCCCGGAUGGGUCCUGAAGCCGCUGAGACACUAUUCACUUUACUCCUUGGUCUUGAUGUAAUCAAGGAGCGAGGUUCUUUUUUUUCUUUUUCUUUUUUUUCCCAAAAAGCGGGCCGAGACCACGGACUCAUGAUCCGAUGUUACCCUUUGACACCAUCUGGUUUACAGCUGUGAUUGCCGCUGGAUUCUUUCUGCUGUAAAACGUGACACGGUGAAAGCCAAUGGGUGUGAUCAUUCCUGCCUAAAAAUUCUCCUUUAUCCCAUCUGAACUAAAAAAACCUUAAAAAAAGUGUUGAUUUUUAAGUAUUAAAAGUGAUGGUACAAUCAGUCCUAGAGGGGAAACAAAUGCUACUAAAGUCUUUAUAUUUAAAAAUAGAGAAAUUUAUGUGCUUUUUGCUGAUAGAAAGUCAAAUGAUGAUUGAUCAGUCAGUGAUCAGAUCCCAUAUUGACAGCGUUAGGACCGUGCCAUGAACAGUUUCUCUCUUUAGACUAGAUCAUAAUUUACUAAUUAAUUUAUAUUUCAUUACGGCGAGACAACAACAACACAAGACACCUUUUCUGCAGGAUUGAGACCCUGAAAAGUCGAUUUCUCUUUAAAAUCUGCUUCUUUGGGCUUUUUCAAUGAUGGAUUUUGUCCUGUAGCUUUCUGCUAGCGUCCUGUUUCAUUUCUGAGAAAUGUUGAAAUGCCACAAAACGACUCCUCGCAGUGCUAUAACGCUGGUUUUUUGAGAAAGUGCUUGUGCACAGUUUGUGUCACUUUCACCCACAUGUAGCCUACAGUACCAAGAACUGCCUUUUAGUGUCUAGUGAGGAAAAAAACAACUAUUGAUUCAGAAAUCUCUCCCAAUUUAUUUUGUGACAGGUUUACUGACAUACAUGAUCAUGCUGUGUUUACACCUUGGUUAUUUAAAAAAAAAAAUGGGGUGAGAGCAUAAUUCACUUGAGUGGGUGUUACAUUUUGAUAUUAUUCUGCUGAAUGCGACAGCAAAGCCUUUAAAAAUUUUACUGUUUAAUUGUUAGCCCCACAGGGAGUAUGGCACUGUAGGUCGCUCACUAAGUUCAAACCACUCUGGUACGGCUGCGUGUAAAGAGCAGACUGACCUCUAGUGGCUGCUGGCGAGACUUUUAGAUGUUUUCAUUUAACCACCACCUGCCAUUUUAUUUCACCUGAAUUAGCCUAAAGUGGAAAUAAGCAGAUCAGAUUUCAGUAUUCUCUGGACAUUUGCAUCAGUGUAGCUAUGCUAACAACUGUUGUCUUAAAGGUGGCUAAAAAUGAUAGAAUGAAGCCAAUAUUUGCCUUGACAUGUACAUUAUGUCUGACAUUUCCACAAUCCUGGUACCCCAGUUCUGAAACUGUCUCGGCUUAACCAGCUCAGGCUGUUUCUGUAAAUGUCUUUUUAGUUUGAAGGAUAGCUCAGUUACUGGAUAGGUGUUGUGCAGCAGUUGUCUUAUCUGUGUUGUUUUUCUAUUUUUAGCUUCAUUUGUCAUUUCGUUAUCUGUCAGAUAAUCACGUCCAAUCCUAGCAAGCACCACUAUCAAGAGGAAUAUUUGCAGAAAUCAUUACAAAACCAAGGUCCUCUUGAUUCUGUCAGUGCAAAUAGACAGUGGGGUCUUUUGCUGUUUUGCAAUCAAAUGAACUUUUUUGUUUCUUUUCAGUACUCUGGUAUAUUUGAAGGAUUUUAGACUAGUAACAUUUCCUCUGUCUCGGCACAUAUGAAAGUUUCCAAGAAAGAUACAUUUAUCUGCACUGAUGAUUGGGGAAGGGGAAAAUUGUAAGCCCAGGAAGCACCAGCUUUGAACAUUCAGUAUUACCAGAACUAGAUUCCUUAAGCCCCAGUAAACCCAAAGGGAUCUUUUAGUUAAUGUGCCUGGUUGGUUAUCUUCUCAGGACCAGAUCUCUUUAAGAUUUACUGGUUUGAGCAACCAAGCAAAUACGCAAAAAACACCUGUCGCAUUUGUGCUGGUACUAGAAAAAAGCAGCAGAUGCUUCAGUGGUAAUAAAGCACAAGGGGCUCUUAAAAAUACAAAACAGUUUAUUUGUAUUUGGCACAAGAAAGGUACUAAAAUGUUUCUACUGAUGGCAGGAUGGAGCACCAGCUAGAUCGCAAGAGUUUAAAGUCGCAAUUUAACUAUAUCUAUUAAAUGAAGGGCUUCACACUUACAAAUAAGAACAUUUUACAAUGAUCAAAUAAACCGUAGAAGAGGUGAAACUUCCUGGGCAAAAUCACAGUAUCAUGAAGAUAAAUGUUCCAUUUGUUUAAAUGUGUUUUUGGCAAACCACACCUUUGAGUUUUUAAGGUGCUUUUCAAGUGCUGUCUGUUUUUUUGUACUGUCACAGUAGCUAACUACUAAAGGUGCCUUUUAUUGAAAGAGCAGAGUGAUUCUACAUAUAACCAUCAUUGGUAUUCUGGAAAAAGGAAACUUGGGGCUGCAGUAUUUAUAAAUUUGUAGUUUAACACUGUGCCACUUUUCAAAGUGCUUUUUUCAUCUUUUUUUCCUUUUUUUUUUUGAUAAAGUUAAUCUCAGAUGCCUUUUGAAAUGCAUAACUAUUCCAGUUAUGACAAGCUGGAUUUUUCAAAAUUAUAGAAGCUGCUUGAUAUUUGCUCACAUGUGCAUUUGAAAGAACAGCCUGGACUUUAUGUUUUGGUUUUGAUUCCAACCUGGCAACCCACUUCCACAUAUUAUUUGGUACUGGCAAAAAAAGCAAUCAUAAAAUGUGAAAUGACCCUUUUUUCUUCUUCUUCUUUUAGAAAUCACUGCAUUUGAUCUAGCUAGGAGAGCAAAUGUAUUUAUUAUGUUCUGUGUUUGUUCUUUUAUUGAGUUCAUCUUUGCAUAGUUUGUUCAUUCUUUACACAGCAAAACCCAAGUACGGUGAAAGGGAAACAGGAUAUAUUUUUGCAAUUUUUGAUUGUGGAUGCGUUAUCAUGUCAUCCUCUUGAGAAAAGCUUUCAAGAAAAAUGUGUAUUGUCUCGGUGAAAUUGAAAAAUAAAGGU